AGCCGUUGGAAAGCAAUGCACAGCGUGGAGGAGGAUGGCAUGCUUUCUGGGCUAAGAUGCAAAGGGAUAUGCAUUCAUUUUUUACACAAAUUCUGAGUCUGGUUUUAGACGGUGAGAGCCUGAUUCUCGGUGCCUCCCAGAGACAAGAAUGAGUCUCACCUGUCAAAGGAUCGCCUUGGACCAAGAAUGUGAACAAUCGUUGCUAUGAAAAGGAUGUUCAGUAAUCAGGCUUGGCAGGAAAACUUGCUGCAUAACCUUACAUGGGCCGAGCAGGAAACUUUAAGCUGACAAGUCUGUUUUGAGUGAAAUCUGACAGAAGAUGUUACAGCAGUUUUCUCUCUGGAAAUGGCUACCUUUAGGGAUUAUUCUUGGCACCCUUUUCUCAUUUGGCUCUGCGCAGCAUGAGGAUGAUUGUAAGCUGGCUCGGGGAGGCCCACCUGCAACAAUAGUGGCCAUUGAUGAAGAAAGUAAAAAUGGCACAAUCAUCGUGGACAACAUGCUCAUCAAAGGGACAGCAGGAGGCCCCAAUCCUACCAUUGAACUCUCAUUAAAGGACAACAUGGAUUACUGGGUGAUGCUGGAUCCAGUCAAACAGAUGCUCUUCCUAAAUAGCACCGGCAGAGUCUUGGACAGAGAUCCACCAAUGAAUAUCCAUUCCAUCGUGGUGAAAGUCCAGUGUGUUAACAAAAAAGUUGGUACCGUUAUUUACCAUGAAGUUCGGAUUGUGGUGAGAGACCGGAAUGAUAACUCUCCAACUUUCAAGCAUGAGAGCUACUACUCCACAGUGAAUGAGCUAACACCAGUAGGAACCACCAUAUUCACAGGGUUUUCUGGAGAUAACGGAGCCACAGACAUAGAUGAUGGUCCCAAUGGACAGAUUGAAUACAUCAUCCAGUACAACCCAGAUGAUCCAACCUCCAAUGACACCUUUGAGAUCCCUCUCACAUUGACUGGAACUGUCGUAUUGAGGAAGAGACUUAAUUAUGAAGAUAAGACCCGUUACUAUGUCAUAGUUCAAGCUAAUGACCGAGCUCAAAAUCUUAAUGAACGGAGAACCAGCACCACCACUCUCACGAUAGACGUCCUUGAUGGAGAUGAUCUGGGGCCAAUGUUUCUUCCUUGUGUCCUGGUACCCAAUACUCGAGACUGUCGUCCUAUUACCUACCAAGCAGCCAUCCCAGAACUGAGAACACCGGAAGAACUGAACCCCAUCAUUGUCACUCCCCCCAUCCAAGCCAUUGAUCAGGACCGGGACAUCCAGCCACCUUCCGAUCGGCCUGGGAUCCUCUAUUCCAUCCUUGUAGGGACUCCUGAAGAUUAUCCCCAGUAUUUCCAAAUGCAUCUAAGGACUGCAGAGCUCAGCCUCCUGCAGCCUGUAAACAGGGAUUUCUACCAGAAAUUUGAUUUGGUGAUUAAGGCAGAACAAGACAAUGGUCAUCCUCUCCCUGCAUUUGCCAGCCUUCAUAUUGAAAUCUUGGAUGAAAACAACCAGAGCCCUUACUUCACAAUGCCGAGUUAUCAAGGUUAUAUCCUGGAGUCUGCCCCUGUUGGUGCAACCAUCUCAGACAGUCUCAACUUGACCACCCCUCUCAGAAUCGUUGUCUUGGACAAGGAUGUAGAGGACACAAAAGACCCUGAGGUCCAUCUCUUUCUGAAUGAUUACACCUCGGUCUUCACUGUGACUCCUUCUGGUAUAACACGCUACCUCACCUUGCUUCAACCCGUGGACAGGGAAGAACAGCAGUACUACACCUUCUUGAUAACUGCAUUUGAUGGUGUCCAAGAAAGCAGCCCCGUUACAGUAAACAUCAAGGUGAUUGAUGCGAAUGAUAACACUCCAACCUUCCCUGCCAUCUCCUAUAAUGUCUAUGUUUACACAGACAUGAGCCCGGGGGACAGCGUCAUACAGCUCACUGCAGUAGAUGCAGAUGAAGGGUCAAAUGGGGAGAUCUCAUACCAGAUCCUCGUUGGGGAUCAGGGCGACUUCGUCAUCAAUAAGACCACGGGUCUGGUUACCAUCGCACCAGGAGUAGAAUUGACAGUGGGGCGGACCUAUGCCCUCACGGUGCAAGCAGCUGACAAUGCCCCACCUGCAGAGAGAAGGGAUUCCAUUUGCACUGUCUAUAUUGAAGUACUUCCUCCAAACAACCAGAGUCCUCCCCGAUUCCCACAGCUGAUGUACAGCCUUGAAGUCAGUGAAGCCAUGAGAAUUGGGGCAGUUUUGUUGAAUCUCCAGGCAACAGAUCGAGAACAUGAUCCGAUAACGUAUGCUAUUGAGAAUGGAGAUCCUCAAAGAGUUUUCAACCUUUCAGAAACCACUGGUAUUCUUACCUUGGGAAAAGCAUUGGACAGAGAAAGCACAGACCGCUACAUUUUGAUAGUCACUGCUUCUGAUGGCAGACCAGAUGGGACUUCAACAGCCACUGUGAACAUUGUGGUGACAGAUGUAAAUGACAAUGCUCCAACUUUUGAUCCAUAUUUGCCAAGAAACUUAUCUGUGGUUGAAGAAGAAGCCAAUGCUUUUGUUGGACAAGUUAGGGCCACAGAUCCAGAUGCCGGGAUAAAUGGUCAAGUGCACUAUAGUCUUGGAAACUUCAACAAUCUUUUUUGGAUCACUUCAAAUGGAACUAUUUACACAAGAGUUAAGCUUAAUCGAGAAGUAAGAGACUACUAUGAGCUCUUUGUGAUAGCAACCGAUGGAGCCGUACAUCCUCGGCAUUCGACAUUAACCCUAGCAAUAAGGGUCUUGGACAUUGAUGACAAUAGCCCUGUUUUCACUAACUCUACCUACACAGCUGUUGUGGAAGAAAAUCUCCCAGCAGGAACCAUCUUCCUUCAAAUAGAGGCGACUGAUGUGGACCUUGGUGCCAAUGUUUCCUACCGCAUUCGCAGCCCAGAAGUGAAGCAUUUAUUUGCCCUGCACCCUUUCACAGGAGAAUUGUCCCUGUUGAAGAGUUUGGAUUAUGAGUCUUUUCCAGAGAAUGAAGCCUACAUCACUUUUCUUGUGGAGGCUUUUGAUAUUGGAGGAACCAUGCCCCCAGGCAUUGCCACUGUCACAGUGAUUGUGAAGGAUAUGAAUGAUUAUCCUCCUGUGUUUUCAAAGCACCUCUACAAAGGGAUGGUUGCUCCAGAUGCAGUCAAGGGCACACUGAUCACUACUGUUUUUGCUGAAGAUGCUGAUCCUCCAGGGUUACCAGCAAGCCAUGUGCGGUACCGAGUGGAGGACAAACAAUAUCCUUACCCAGCGAGCAUAUUUGACAUAGAAGAAUAUUCAGGACGUGUUGUUACUCGAGUGAAUCUCAAUGAAGAACCCAGUACAAUAUUUAAGCUGGAGGUUGUUGCUUUUGAUGAUGGGGAGCCUGUGAUGUCUGGAAGUGCCACGGUGAAAAUCCUCGUCUUGCAUCCUGGAGAAAUUCCCCGCUUCACACAAGAGGAAUAUAGACCACCUCCAGUAAGCGAACUUGCACCAAUAGGGACUCCAGUUGGUGUUAUCAACGCAGCAGCCAUCAAUCAAAGUAUUGUAUAUACUAUUGUUUCAGGAAAUGAAGAUGAUCACUUUGGGAUUAAUAACAUCACAGGUGUGAUCUAUGUCAAGGCACCUCUCGACUAUGAAACAAAGACAAGCUAUGUGCUCCGAGUCCAAGCCGAUUCCUUGGAAGUGGUUCUGGCCAACCUGCGGGUCCCUUCUAAAAGCAACUCAGCCAAAGUGUACAUUGAGGUUCAGGAUGAGAAUGAUCAUGCUCCGGUCUUUCAGAAAAAGUUGUACAUCGGAGGAGUGUCUGAAGAAGCACUGAUGUUUUCCUCUGUGCUCAGAGUAAAGGCAACUGAUAAAGACACCGGUAAUUAUAGUUCCAUGGCAUACAGACUUAUCAUACCUCCAAUUAAAGAGGGAAAGGAAGGAUUUGUGGUGGAGACAUACACAGGUCUUAUAAAGACUGCCAUGCUGUUCAAAAACAUGAGAAGGUCCUACUUCAAGUUCCAGGUCGUUGCAACAGAUGAUUAUGGGAAAGGACUUAGUGGCAAAGCUGAUGUCCUGGUAUCUGUGGUCAAUCAGUUGGACAUGCAAGUCAUUGUCUCCAAUGUGCCUCCAACGCUUGUGGAGCAGAACAUCGAAGAACUGACACAGAUUUUGGAUCGCUAUGUACAAGAACAGAUUCCUGGUGCCAAAGUUGUGGUGGAAUCCAUUGGUGCCCGGCGGUUUGGAGAAGCCUAUUCUCAAGAAGACUACACCAAGUCUGACCUGGUUGUCUAUGCAAUUGACCCCCAGACCAACAGAGCAAUCAGCAGGAAUGAACUUUUUAAGUUCCUAGAUGGGAAACUGCUAGAUAUUAAUAAAGACUUCCAGCCAUAUUAUGGUGAAGGAGGACGAAUUUUGGAAAUCCGCACACCAGAUGCAGUGGCGUUGGUUAAAAAACAUGGGCAGUCUUUUGGCUAUACUGAAGGGGCACUGCUUGCACUAGCCAUGAUUAUCAUCCUCUGUUGUAUUCCUGCCAUCUUGGUCGUGUUGGUCAGCUACAGACAGUUUAAAGUACGACAAGAAGAAUGCACCAAGACAGCCAAGAUGCAGGCCCUGGCAGCGCCCAAGCCAGCAGCCCCAGCCCCAGCAGCAGCAGCAGCACCUCCUCCACCACCACCACAAGCUCCCCCAGGAGGUCCCCAUCUCUACGAGGAGUUGGGUGGAAGUACAAUGUAUGAAAUGCCCCAGUACGGAAGUCGGCGGCGGCUGCUGCCACCUGCUGGUGAGGAGUAUGGCGAAGUGGCGGGAGAAGCUGAGGAAGAGUAUUACCCAGAGGAGGAGUGGGCCAGGAAAAAAAUGAUCCAGUUAGCUGUUGAUCGAGAAUAUGAAACCAGUUCUACUGGAGAAGACAGUGCCCCUGAGUGCCAGAGGACCUGCCUCCACAAUCCCCAAGUUCACAACAAUAUCAAUGGCAACAUCUACAUUGCUCAGAAUGGGUCAGUGGUGAGGACCCGCCGGGCUUGCCUCACUAAUAAUUUGAAAGUCCCUUCCCCUGUCAAGAUGGGGAAGCAUUUUAAGAAGCUUGACAAGUUAGCGGUGACACAUGAGGAGAGUGUCCCACUGAACACAUUAUCCAAGGGGGCAUUUUCCAGUGAGAAACUGAACACUAGGCCUCCUCUUGUUUCCUUUGCCCCUGGCCCAAUGGGGGCAGAUGGUUCUGCAGGAAAACUUGGGGGUGGCAAGAUCAAAAGCACAGCAGAACAGGAGUCCAGGAUUGACAGUCAAGACAUGAAGGGGGUCUUGGAUUUCCCAAGUGACCACACACAGUCCGAUGAUGAGGAGCUCUGGAUGGGUCCUUGGAACAACCUCCACAUACCAAUGACAAAACUGUGACCACUUUUUAGAUUUUAUUUUCAUUUCUACUUGAGUUUGUAAUAAACAAGGCUUUUUAUUGUCACCAAGACAACAACAUAUUGGGAUUUGUACUGUGCACAGGAGUUGUGACUUUGGACAAGCUGCUUUACACAAGGAGGAAGGAUUUGCACUGGGAUUUGUACCAAGUCGUUGUUCUUCCCAGCAAUUCUUUUUAAAAGGAACUCAAAAAAAUUUGACUAAAAAAAAAAAAGAAAUAUAUCAUUAAACACUUAGCAGUUUUGUUUGAUAACGAUUUAUUGUUUUAAUAAACAGCAAAUAACAUACUAAAUAAUCACCUACAUUUUGUUGACUUGCCAUGAAAUAUGCUACAUAUCUAACACCUUGCUGCAUUUUUAGCAUACGUACCGCCCAAAAAAGAAGGGAAAAUUUGUAUUGGAUGAUUUAUAUUGGUAACCAGUUUAUACAACUGAUGUCUAUAAAGCCUCAAAAAUUUUUUUAUGAAAGUUGAACUUGUAGAUUUUAUGACUGUGAUAACAGACAGGGGCUCUUCUGUAAUCUAUUCUGAAUGUUGAUUAAGAAAUGCCUCUAUUUUCCUUCUUUCAUUUUCAGUUAUCUCCUACAUUAUAUUUUUACUUCCCUUACUCCCUAAGCAUUAUACUAGAUAGCACACUCUGGUUAGCAUUACCACCUAUAUUUUACCAAGAUAUGCUGCAUUUUCUUUUUUAUGCUCCUCCUAAACAAGGAAAUGGGUGAUUUAGAAUAGAACAAUGGGAAACCGACAUCAAGUGUAACAUAAAUCUUCAAUCUCCCAACAGGCUUACCGGUAGGUGAAGGGUCAAAUAGGCAACAAUGAUUCUAAAUUCACGAUUUCAAAUUUAGCACAUGGUGUGGACAAAUGAGCCACACAGCUCUAAAUAAAUCAUAAACAAACAAUAGAAUAAAAUCACCUGAACACGAAUGAUCCAGAAACACAUUAACUUUGGAGAACCGUGUUCAGUCACUUCUUGCACCUCAACUCCCUGCACCUCACUUAUUUAUAUCCAGCCCAUUUCACUAGUUACACAAAUGAAUUAGAGAAGUCGUAUUCUGUAGCAAAGAGCAUGUUCUUUGUUCUGAUUAUUUCCCCAUUAAACUGAGCACAUAAUUGGAGCCAAAAAACAUACUCUCAUCAUGGAAAUAUAGUUUGCCCUCUUUAUUCUACUCUUAUCUUUUCUGUAAUAAGAAUGAAGUUUUUGCUAUAAUGAAAGAAAAAUCUGAAAACUGCUGAAUGUUGUUUCAUCUGGCAGAUUAUAAUUCUUUUUGUGAAAAUCUAGGUAAAUGUUUCAUCCCUCCACUCCCAAUUUUGCCUGAUAACUGAGAAAGUGCUAUCAGAUUGAAAUGACUGUUUUUCACAAAACACCUUUAGGGAAUUUUAAUGUUACUCAUUGCUAAUCCACCAACAUAAAAAGGUGAACACAAAUUCAUUGGAUGUUACAAAUAUAUUGUGUCUUUAUAGAGAAACCAGUUCAACUUGGGGUCAGUGCUGAGUAAAGAAGUAGUCCUCAUCUACACAACAAUAAGAAAGGUUUUCAUUGGAACAGUCAUAGCAGACUCUCCUACCUACUACAAAUGGUUGGACCCCCCCCCACCCCUGCCAACACCUAAUCAGAGUGUUGUUAUGGUUGUCGUCCUUUGUUCCCAAAGAGGACCAACAUGACAGCACUAUGCUGGAGGCAAGUUACAGUAUGUCCAACUGUGGCCGACCAGACCAAUAUGAGCCCAGAAUGCUCUAUCACAAGUCAGGUACAAAUAGUCCACAUGAACCUUUGGGAUGGAAACGCCACUCCAGAGCACGGUAGAACCCAAGAGAACAGGCGAGUUAAUCUUUGUCAAUUACUGUCACAGCUAAGUUGUAGAUUCUCAGACCAAGGCUCUUGGACUAGACUGUCCCUGUCAGCCUAUCUCCGAAGUAGCCAAUGAGAUAAUGAGACAAGGGAACAAGAGGAAUUAAGAGAAGUUCCAAAUCAUCCAACUGCCAGUUGCGCAGGAUCCUGGUUUUAGGAAAUUGUGAGCAAAUACACUAGAGUCAGAUGAUUUCACACCAAAGAUAACACUGACGGUCACUUCCACGUGACAAAGUAAAGUAUGUCCUCAGAGGAUUACAUGACCAAAAAGAAAGAUGGACCGGUCACCGAGAGAGAAUGAGUGUUGACUAAUGGACAGCCAGCGUGAGUCAUGGCUACUCAGGGAAUUUCGAGCAGUCUUGAGGAAGACCACCAAUAUGUUGGGUGGACCCCUUGAGUGCAUUUAUUGGAGGACAGAGUCAAGGAUUGAAGAGGAUAGGCAAGCAUCUGUUCUGGUGAAAGGAAUUCCCUUAUGGAUAAUAUUCAAUUCAAUCCAGCAAACAUAUUUAAGCAUCUCCAAUGUCACAGGCAUUGGAAUUGCAA